GUCACGAAUGUAGCUUCGUUUUUAGCAGAGCUUUUGAAAAGCAAGCGUUUGUUAGCAGCUCCUGGAGAGCGGCCGGACUUGACAAAAUACAAUGGGGAUCGAAGACGAAGCUGACCGGACGCUUUUUAUUAGGAAUUUGGAUGCACGAGUAACGGAGGAGCUUUUAUUCGAGCUCUUCUUGCAGGCAGGGCCUCUCAUCAAAACCAAAAUUCCAAAAGAUGGCGGUGGAAAUCGGAAAACGUUUGGUUUUGCCGUGUACAAACACGAGGAGUCGGUGCCGUAUGCCGUGCAGCUCCUAAACGGGACGUCGCUGUUUGAUAGAACGAUCCAUGUGCAAUUCCGAUCAGGCAGCACUCACAGCAACAGUCCUGGGAACUCGAGUCCUACAACAAGUACUCCUAAUCCCCAUGGACUGAGGAUGUCGCUGCAGUUCACGUCUCCUCAAUACACUCCUCCAGCUGUAAUGCAAAGGUCGCUUUCAUCACCAGAUAGUCUGCAGAAGCAUGCCAUGAUGAACAUGAUGUGCCAGCAACAGCUUCAGCACAGUCAUCAUCAUCAGCAGCAGCACAACAGGAACAACUACCACCAACAGAAUGCCUGGGGGGGUGGCGGCCGUCACCACGACGGCAGGCGUAGCAGCAGUCACCACGAGGACGGGAGCGGUAACCGUGGUUACAAAGAUAGUAGGUGGAGACGCUACUGAUGCAAGGGAAAGAGACUCAUUUAUGAUCAUGUGGACAAUUUAUAGCAUAUGCUCAGGUUGUUUUCUAUAUGAUCUGAGAAGAUUUAGUAUCCUUACCUCGCCCCCCAUUUUCUUUUAUAAUGUUUUUAAAUUUGUACUUGAUGUGAGCCAUCUCACAUCACAUCAGGCCCAUGAUGGAAAUGUGAUUAUUGUUUAGGACAACAAAAAAAGGACAUUGUUUUGUUCGGCCUGUUUUUAUAUUAUUUUAAAAAAAGAAAAAAGAUUGAAAUGGUGCUCACUGUAGUUGUACAAUGUUCAGGUCAUGCAAAAAAGAAACAGAUCCACCAGCACCACUACUUCUGCAACGAUGAGCUCAGUAAAAAUGUUCCUUUUUAUUUUUUUAAUCUUGAUUUUGUAAGACAAACUUGUAAUGUUUUAAAGCGAUCAUGAUUUCAUUAUAAACGUUCUUUGGCUUAA